AUGGACUACAAUCCGUUUGUCGUCGACACGAACAACGCGUCCCCUGUCAGGUCGCCUCAACGGGCGGCCAGGAGGGGAGAAUCGCCCUGGAGAUCCCAAUACUCUGCUAACUCUUCCAAUGAAAAUGACCUGUCAACUGCAUUCCAAGGGUUCCCGCAAGCUGCACAGGUUCAGCCUCAAUCGCCCUCUAAGGCUGCUGCAAAAUACUCUCCCCAACGAAGAAACAUCUUUGCUCGCGACAGCGCGCCCAGCAGCCCGCUGCGCCAAGACCGCUACACAGCUAACAUGAGAGAGUCUCCCCAUAGGAACGCCCGCGCAGUGAUUGAAAUUGACGAGGCCUCUGACGAUGACGAGGAGCAGGAUCUAUAUGAUAUUUAUGCGCAACAGGCCGACGGCUCUCCUUCAAGAGCAGCGUCCCGUGCCACUAGAUCCACCUACUCUUUCGAAAGCUACCGGAAGUCUCUAGAUGAUGAUAGCACCAUAUACUCCGGGGACACGUUCGAGCAAACGCAAUUCCAGGUUAACCACCCUCAAAAGAACUACAUCAGACGCGGUAAGUCCGAAGUCAGAAGGCUACCGGCUCCGACCUCUAAGAAAAACAUCUUAAAACUAGACAACCCAAUUCCAAGAGGGCUGCUCGAGAUCUUACCACGCCGCGACUCUCUUGAGUUCACCGAAAUGAGAUACACGGCUUGUACAUCUGAGCCCGACAACUAUGUCAAUGAAGGUUAUUCUCUAAGAUUUGCGGAAAUGAACAGAGAGUGUCAGAUAGCCAUCUGUGUCACAAUGUACAAUGAAGACAAAUUUGCCUUAUCUAGCACUCUGCACUCCAUUAUGAGAAACAUCACACACAUGUGCAAGCGCAAAAGGUCCCAUGUAUGGGGUCCUCAAGGCUGGAAGAAAAUCCAGGUUAUCAUUGUCAGCGACGGUAGAAACAAUAUUAACAAAGGAUCCUUGGAUUACUUGAGUGCACUAGGUGUCUAUCAGGAAGACAUGGCGAAAUCCACAGUUAACGGUGAGCCUGUGAAGGCCCAUAUUUUCGAACUCACCACCCAAGUUUCAAUCGAUUCCCACCUGGAUUACGUGAGUAAAGAUAUCGUACCUGUGCAGGUAGUGUUUUGCUUGAAGGAGGAAAACCAGAAAAAAAUCAACUCUCAUCGUUGGUUGUUCAACGCUUUCUGCCCGAUAUUAGAUCCCACUGUCGUUGUUCUGGUCGAUGUCGGGACAAAGCUAAAUGACUCAGCCAUCUAUCACUUGUGGAAAGCCUUUGACAGGGACUCCAACGUUGCUGGAGCUGCAGGUCAAAUCAAAACUAUGAAGGGAAAAUGGGGUAGAAAACUGUUGAAUCCGCUAGUUGCCUCUCAGAAUUUUGAAUACAAAAUGUCCAAUAUUCUUGACAAGCCUUUAGAAAGUGUGUUCGGAUACAUUUCCGUUCUUCCAGGUGCAUUGUCCGCCUAUCGUUACCGUGCUCUCAAAAACCAUGCGGACGGAACUGGUCCUCUAAAUUCGUAUUUCUUGGGCGAAACGCAAGAGGGCCGGCAGCACGAUGUGUUCACUGCUAACAUGUACUUAGCCGAAGAUAGAAUCCUUUGCUGGGAACUAGUUGCUAAAAGAGACGCCAAAUGGGUCUUGAAAUACGUUAAGGAAGCUACCGGAGAGACUGAUGUGCCGGAAGAGCCACCAGAGUUCAUUUCUCAGAGAAGACGUUGGCUGAACGGUGCUAUGUUUGCUGCACUUUAUGCUCAACUGCAUUUUACUCAAAUUUGGAAAACAAAACAUUCGGCUACUCGAAAGAUAUUUUUCCACUUAGAGUUCUUCUACCAAUUUGUUCAAAUGCUCUUUUCAUGGUUCUCUAUAUCGAACUUCUUUUUGACGUUCUAUUUUUUGGCCGGAUCAAUGAACAAACUAAUGAAACAUGGAGACGUGCUUUUCACUUUCUUCAAAUACCUGGUCAUCUGUGACUUAGCCGCUCUCUUUAUCAUAUCCAUGGGCAACAGACCCCAAGGUGCCAACCAUUUGUUUAUCAUAUCGAUGAUUAUACUUUCCAUUUGCUCAACUUACGCACUAGUUUGUGGCCUUGUCUUUUCCAUCAAAACUUUGCAAAACCCCGGAGAAAGCAGCAUGGUAUUCGUGAAUAUAGUUGUUUCCUUACUUUCGACUUACGGCCUAUACGCGUUCACUUCCAUCAUGUACCUUGAUCCUUGGCAUCUCAUCACAUCAUUUGUGCAGUAUCUUCUCAUGCUUCCGUCAUUUAUUUGUACGCUACAAAUCUUUGCCUUUUGCAACACGCAUGAUGUUUCCUGGGGCACAAAGGGCUCAACUCAGGACGUAAAGCCAAAAUCCGAAGCUACCGUUAAACAGGGUCCUAAUGGGCAGCAAAUCGUGGAGGGUACUGAAUGGCCGCAAGAAGUCGAUAAGAAAUACGCAGAGAUUAAGAGUAGAUUAAAGGAACAAGAGAUCAUUGAACCAAAAAUUGACGAAGCUCAGAAGAACAACGAUUAUUAUCGUGACAUAAGGACACGUAUUGUAAUGUUGUGGAUGCUUUCGAACCUUGUUCUGAUGAUGAUUGUUACCCAGGUCUAUGGGCCCGAAGACACAGCGAAGAACAAGUACCUGACGUUUAUUUUAUGGUCAGUUGCGAUCCUGGCCCUUUUCAGAGCUUUAGGAUCAAUGGCUUUCUUAUUUUUGAAAAGCUUGCGUGCGAUUGUUAGCUUCAAGCACAAAGCAGAGGACAGCGGCUCUCUCAAUAUACCUAGUGCUAAAAACUUGUUUAGCAAGCCAAGCAAAAUGUAA